GGUGUUCUCUACCUGUCCGACAGGUAAAAGUCACCUUCCUGGGAGUCAGGCCUUGGCCGCUUGGAGCCAGCCCCGCUCAGGAAAUAAUUAACCUCAGAUUUCUCGCAUUCCUGAGCACCCAGCGUGGUAUGGAAGAAUGACCCCCGGCGUCCAGGUAAGCGGAGAGCAGACCUCAGAAAUGCAGCUGGCUGCGAGGGUGGCCCUCUCGGCCGCCGCCUUCCUCCUACUGACUUUGGCGUACAGAUAUUACAAGUCUCGAGUGCCCUGCGGCAGCCAGCAGGGAGCCGGCGGGGAGAGAGACAAGGGCAGCAAAGACGCAGAGGGGACGGAGAGCAUGGUCUGCCCCAGGGAGGAAGAACUGCCUCCUGGACUGAGGCACCGGUGGGUCAACAGCAAGGGUGAGAAGCCGAACCACAGGGCAGGGGGUAGCCCUCCGCUUCAGACACCUGGGCCUGCAGUCUUUGGGGAAUCUGGAAGGCAAGAUAAACCUGCCUGCAGAGAGCCAGAUGGGGAAAGAGAGGUGAAGAAACAGGAGAAGGAGAGGAUGAAUCACCUGGGAAGCGGGCUGCCACCAGACCGAAAACUCUCGGUGGCAGAAGCGGAGAAGGGAGGGGAGAUUUAUAGUGCUGUCCUCAGCAACGGAAACAGUGCCGGAGUCACAGAGGCUGCAAGGGAGUCAGAGGGCAGGUUGCCUUCUCUGGGUUUGCUCUCCCCAGGAGGCGGCGUCUGCAGCUUGAAUGGCAGCCACAAGGAUGUCAGCUCUGCAGAAGAUGGACUUUGCCUGGCUGCUCAGGAGAAGGGAUCUGGGCAUGCAGCACCUCACCCUGCAGAUGAGAAUGGCUCCACCUUAGGAGGAGGGAGAAGUGAUCCGCCUGGAGAAGAGGAGAGGCAGCAUCUAGCCCCGACCCAAGGGGAGCAGGAGAGGACCCACCCGUCGUUCCAUGCCACUUCUGACAUGGGCCUGAAGAUGAACCACAGCCAUGCUGGGUCACACACCACAUACAUGUUCUCCUCCGUGGCCCAAGUUCAGGUGGAGGAGAGCCUUGUUAAAGAGCGGAAGCUCCAGGAGAACAGCAACGGGCAACCAGCGGUCCCUGGACCCAGCCUGAGAGGCAAAGUCUAUGACUACUACGUUCAGUCCAUCUCCCAGUCAGUCUUGAAGGAAAUGCCUUCCUGCGCCAGCCUGGGCACCCAACCAUUUUCUCAGCUACCUGUGAUCAACAUCCCUGAUGCCUCUGAGGAGCGGUUGGGUCAGGAAUCAGCCCAAACCUCAGCAGCAGAAGAUGACCCUGCUCUUCCUCAUCUUAUCCAGGAUGAGACAAAGCCACAGCAACCUGGGAGCCAGGAUGAGGCUGCUGUCCAAGAAAAGAGGUCCAAGAAACCUCCAGGACCUGGAGCUGGCAGCAUCAGCCGGAAAGACAGCCUCCAUCGAAUCAUAGACAACCCAGAGCUUCAGGUCCCUAUGGAAGGGUUUGGCUGUCUGGCUUCUGGGUUGUCAGGAUUGGACACACCACCUCUCAGCUCCCUCCGCUCCAGCUCCGUUUCUUCACUGGUCGGGUCCAUGCAGAGUCUCCAAAGCGACACAAGUGAGGAACCCACAGUGGAGCUGGUGGCUGGCGCCAAGUUCUUCCACAUCCCACUCAGCUCAGAGUCCUCCAUCGACAUCCACCUGGACCUGGGGAACUGCUACGAAGUCUUGUGUACGGCCAAGAAGCAGAAGCUGGAGAGGCUCCGGGAAGCAGCCUACAAGGUCAUGAGCGACAACUACCUCCAGGUGCUCAGGACCCACGCAAUCUACAGCCGCCUCAACGGCAUGGAGAGGGACCUGAUCCUGCAGCGGAGGAUGCGGGGCCAGAAGUACGUGACUGUGGCGGAUGUCAGCUCUCAGGAUGAGAGCCAGCAUGCGAGCAGGCUCUGCUACUACGACGACCAAAAGGAUACCUGGCACCUAUUGACUCACGUACCUCUGGAAGUCGUAUCCAAGGGUUGUGCCAUGUGUAGCAUGUUCAAUUACCUCUUUGUGGCGGCCGGCUGCGAAGGACGGGGGAGGCGCCAGAAGCCGUCCAACCGGGUUUUCUGCUACAACCCUUUGACCAACAUCUGGCGCGAGAUCUGCCCGCUGAACCAAGCCAGGCCGCACUGCAAGCUGGUUGCCUUGGACGGCUACCUGUACGCCAUUGGCGGGGAGUGCCUCUACACCGUCGAGCGCUAUGACCCGCGCCUGGACCGCUGGACCUUCGCCGCCCCGCUGCCCAACGAUACCUUCGCCGUGGCCCACACUGCCACGGCGUGCGAUGGGGAGAUCUACGUCACGGGGGGCACUCUGCGCUACAUGCUGCUGAGAUACGUUGGGCAGACGGAUACGUGGAAGUUCAGCCUCACCGGUGGAAGCAAAGACCGGACAACCGAGAUGGUGACCGUCAAUGGCUUCAUCUACCGCUUUGACUUGAACCGGAGUAUGGGCAUCAGCGUCUACCGCUGCGGCGCCAGGGCCAAGCUUUGGUACGAGUGUGCCACUCACCCCAUGCCCUUCCCGGCCAGCUUCCAGUGUGCCGUCGUCGAGAACCUGGUCUAUUGCAUCGGCCGGCAGUUCAACAUCCGCUUCCUGGCCGAUUAUGUCUCGCCGCGGUUCGGGACCAAGGAGUUACAAACUUUCCCUUCCCCGAGAGGGACCCUUUCACCUGUGACUCUCGUGUUGCCGGACAGGGAAGUGGUACAGACGAGGGUUUGAGGGCACCGAUGGCGGGAACCACGAGGAGGUGAAACUGCUUGAUUCUACAGGCCUUGCCGCUGCACACACACACACA